AUGCGUAGUCAGAUAUCGAAAAUAACGACCUUCGAUAAAAUAGAUUUUGGCCAGGAAUUCGGGCGCUCUAGACUAGUGUGCGCUGGUAUACUGCCCAGCGUGGGCUAUCCCCAGGGGGAAGCUGAGGGCGGUUAUCGGAUGGGACCUGACGAUACCAAACAUUAUCAGAAGCCUUCUCACAAAGGACGGAAGAGGAGCCUUUCUACGUUUCUGCGAGACGUGUCACGAAGGGGGAACAAUCGCCCGUUUAGAGGUUGGCUCAGAAGCAGGGCAUAUUUGGAAGCGCGAAGGUUGUUGGACGAAGCAUACGUGGAAUUCCAACGCUCCGCGAAUUCAAGAAAUAACGAGAGUCGUCCAUCAACACCACCACCGGCAGCGCCGGCACAAGCGGAAUCACCGCAACCACCAAAUCGGCCGCUCGCGAUAGUAGCGGCUCCCCGUUCACCACCUCCACCUUCCCAUUCACCGUCUCCACCCUCUCGUUCGCCUUCUCCCAUUGAACCUGCUUCUCCAGCUGUAUCCGAAGAUCUUACUUUGCGAAUCUUUCCCGAUACUCCUCCAUUAACACCAGACUCUUCUAUUGUCUCGAUCCCAUUUUCUCUCCGCCGAACUCCUUCUCCAACCAACUCCACGGACAGCGUGGAAUUCUUAGAAGAAAUUCCUCCUCCACCGCCGAGACGGGAGGCUAUACGGGUAAACGAGGAGAAGCAACGCAGCCUUCAACUUGCCCGGGAGGAGACAAUCCAAAAGCUGGGGAACAGAAGACUCCUCAAGAAAUCUAAGAUCGACUUCGAAAAAUCUAGGGAGGAUGCGGAAGGCAAACCCAAUGAGGAUGUUGCCAGAGAGAUAAAUGAUAGUUUAAUGGAGGUUAUUAGGAUUGCGAAGACUUCAUCUAAUCUUAAGGGUACCUAUCAAAAGACCCUGAAGCUGGCCGCUGCCUGA